AAUUAUCUUUCCUGUUUUCGGCUAUGCCUUUGCCCAAUUUAUCGGCACAUACUUCAGCCCUGACCCUGAAGCGAUCCGCGACGGUGCUUCGAAGUGGGCGCUGGUCCUGGUUGGGUUGGGUUUCGCGCAAGGUCUAGCGGAUGCAAUCAAAAUUUUUGGCAUUGACUUUUGCGGUUACAAAGUUGCGACGCGCCUGCGAGACAAGGCAUUCACCCAAACUAUACAUCAAGACAUUGCUUUCUUCGACUUGCCAGAUAAUAAUGCAGGAAAGCUCUGCAGCAUCCUAAGUGCAGAUGUGCUUGAUGUAAAGGUUGGCUGCACUGGCAACGUAGUGUCCGUGGUCCAGGAAGUGCACGUUAUUCUAGAGCUGUUGGUAUGUUCUUUCGGUGUGAACUCCGCGUUGCAUGCAGACCCAUCGAUGACUCACAAAACGCGGCGAAAUGAUGAAAUCAAGGGAGCUCCAGUGAUCAUGAACCAGGCAACUUCUGGCAUUCGUGUUGUUAGUGCCUUUGGGCUGGAGGAGGCGUUUAUCAAGUCUUACUUUGAAAGCAUUGAAUCGGAGCAAUCGACAAAGGUCAAGGAUGCAAUAGUCCUUGGACUUGCUUACGGCUUCAGCCAGGCGGUAAACUAUUUUGUUAACUGUCUAGCCUUGUGGUACGGUAGCAAGUUGGUGGCUACAAGUGGCGUCAAGUCCGAAGUGAUCACGCAAACAAUUUUCGCCUUGACCUUCGCGGUCUCCUCCGCUGGACAAACUGUCCUCUUCACAACGGACUCCGGGAAGGCUGCAGCUGCAGGUCGUCGCGUUUAUGCGCUCAUCGACAAACUCGGCGUAGUGUGUUGCGGAGGCGUGCAGACGUCUGAUAUUGAUGUACGCGAUUCGGGAGGGAAGGUUCUGACCCACGAAAGCUUCACAGGAAAUAUUGAUUUUGAUCGUAUCAACUUCACGUACCCUACACGGCCAGAGAACAGGGUUUACAGGAACCUUUGCUUUUCCAUCAAAAAGGGUGAAUCCGUUGCGUUGGUGGGAGCGUCUGGAUGUGGAAAAUCGACCGUUGUGCAGCUGGUGGAACGCUUUUACGACUUGAAGAGCAGCAGCAGUGUCCAAGCGCAAACCCACCCGACCACAUCGGCUCCAGACAGCGAACCAAAACGCAAUCCUGCAGACAGCGAAGGGCAGAUUUUGUUCGACGGAGAUGACCUUCGCACGCUCAAUGUUGUGUCUGUUCGCAAACAAGAGGGGUUGGUUAGCCAAGAACCGGUCCUCUUUGACAUGACAAUAGAAGAGAACAUCGCAACAUCGAAGCCAGAUGCGACUGAGGAGGAAAUACGUGAAGCAGCGAAGCUCGCGAACGCUGCUGGGUUUAUUGAGUCUUUCCCCGAUGGAUACCGCACCAACGUGGGGGCAGGUGGAGCGCAGUUGUCAGGCGGACAGAAACAAAGAAUUGCAAUUGCGAGAGCGUUAAUACGGAAGCCUCGGCUGCUGAUAUUGGAUGAGGCGACAUCUGCUCUAGACGUAGAAAGCGAAAGAGUUGUUCAGCAGACGAUUGAUGAGUUACUCUCAGCGGAAAAACGCAGUACUAUCAUUAUCGCCCACCGACUUUCUACUGUGCGGAAUGCAGGGCACGUCAACAAGCUGAACCCGUACGUAGUGGUGUGCUGUGUUGGUUCCGUCCGCUGGAACUCAGACAAAAUUGUGGUUCUGACAAAUGAAGACAAGAAAGGAAGCCGCGUAGCAGAGAUGGGAACGCACGACGAGUUGAUGCAAAAGAGAGGUGGCCUCUAUAGAACGCUUGUUGGGCUGGCCUCAAUGCAGUCGAAGUAA